AAUAAUUCGUUCAUCUUCUUCUUUUCUCUUUUUCUUUUUUUUUUCUUCCUCUUCUUUCUUCCUUGGGUCAUUGAACCCUCUGCUGACUUCGGUAGAACCCAGGCGGGGUUCCGUCGAACUUAGCAAUUGGGUUCGUUGGAACCCAGCACUGGGUUCGACGAAACCCAACAAAUGGGUUCCAUCAGACCCAGAUCUGCUGCGUUCGGUGGAAACCAACAAAUGGGUUCCAUCGAACCCAGAUCUGCUGGGUUCGGUGGAACCCAGGCUGGGUUUCAUCAAACCCAGCAACUGAGUUCGGUGGAACCUAGCACUGGGUUCCAUCAAACCCAGUUGCUAGAAUACCCGUCGAACUCCAAUCUUGAAAAUGGAAAGAACACCGGAAAGAAUAGAAACAGUAACCGAUGGGCAAAGAAGCAAUUGUUAGUGGUGAUGUGGGACCCAUUUGGAUGGAUUUGGUGUGUUUUUGCCAGGAAAGCCCAAAAUACUGUAAAGUCAGAGCUUAAAAAGGAAAUGGAUAAGACAAAGAAACAGGGAAAGAAGUCAACCAUUGAAGAAGGAGCAGCCAAUCCUUCACUUGCAACAGUUGAAACAAUUGAAGGGAACCAGGAAAAUGUGGUGAAAUUCGUAUAUUAACACUGGUUGGUUUGUGUUCCAAACGUUUUUCAUCUGUAUUAGGUUGCACAUGAAGCAAAUAUUGGGUACUCAAGGAAAACUAGUUAUGCAAAUUUGUUUACCUAAGUUCUAUCAAAAUCAUGAAUCCAUCUUUCAUCGCAGGAUGCUUCCUAAAUGGAAGAAAUCAAUGUUUUUGAAUCUACAAAGGCAUUGUUCUACAUAGCAAUCUGUUGAACAUUGUCAGUUCACCCACAUUCUAUAUUUUGGGGUUCUUUAUGUUUACUCUGAUGUUUGGUUUUUAGUCUGUAUUUGAGGGUUAAGUGAAGGUGUUCCAAUCUAGUGUGAAGUUUUGGCCUGUUUUUUAUUUGGUUGUUGAUCAGUUGAAUUUGGAACUUUGGAUGUUUAGUAUUAUCAUAUAGUUAACUGGAGAUACAAAUUGUAAUGAAUCAUUAAGCUUAUU